GCUUGGGUGCGGGCGCUGUGGCCAACAUUAAUGGCGGCAAAAAUGGCCGCAAAAAUGUGGACGAAAAACAAGAAGUGAAGACAAUUACCGAACCUUUAUAUGAGAAAUAUAUGAAAUCGUUGUCAUCGAAGGACUCUUCGGCCGGUCUAUUGGUUUUAGCCGAAGGCGGAAACGCUGGGGAGGCUGUGAUCGCCACCCGUGAGGGUCACCUCGAUGUUAAGGGCGCCUCCGGUUUUAGACUUGGCUCCUAUACUGAGGUCUCGAUCAACGUAAUAGUUCCAAAGCCAUUCAUACGAGACAAUCCGAUGGACGCGUUGCCAGUAAUCAAGACAUUCAAGUCUUUACGGCCAGUGAUGGCCAACGAGAGGGUGAAGAGUCGACUGCGGCUGUUGUGUGUCUUCGGCUUCAAUGGGUCGGAGAUAAUCUUCGCCACCGAUGGCCCCGAAGACAAGGUGUACGGCUUGGGUGACAACCAGUGCGGGUGUCUGGGCCUCGGGAUCGACACCCGGAAGCUAACGGUUCCCAAACUGAACCCACACCUGACCGGCAAACGU